AGCAAUGGCCUCAGCAGAGAUGCCAGCUCUGGAACCAGAGACACUACUACCUCGGUGGUAUGAAGACUUAAUGCGUCAAAUAAAGAACUUUAGUGACAGAGAAAAUGCCAUGAUUGUCGAAUUAUUCAAACUAGUUUUAGCUGAGGUCUUAAAGAUAUCACAAGUGCGACUUGACGCCGAAAGAAUAACUUUUAUGGACCUCUACCGCCUGAUAGAAGAGAAAGUAACACGGGAGGCGGCUCCUACCAUAGUUCUACAAAUUCUCGAGAAGAUAGAUUGUACUGGCUGUGAUUGUGACGAACUAAAGAAGGCUUUAAAAGAUGCUGCUGCAUCAGAAAAUGCUGAUCUAGGCCACUUAGAUAUUGAUCCAAAUAAUAUAAAAAACAUAGUGAAACUUAGUAAAAAGGUAUUUUCCUUGAAUGAGGAAGAGUUUAAAGCAUUUAAAGGCUACUGUGCUGCUAAAGUUUUGCCUAAAGAUAUGAUGCCUAAUAUAAGCAACAUAUCAGACUGUAAAUUUCUGGUCCUUCUGAUUGAGAAUGAAAAAUUGCUGUCUGGCAAUGAUCGUAGCCUGAAAGAAAUUGAUAAUUUGCUCAAAAAAUCUGGUUGUUCACAAGUAAAAGGAAAUCCAUGCCACAGAAUUUGCAAAUAUAUUUGUAGAGUGGUAUUCUUCAUCAUAUUAAUCGCUAUUUUUCUUACAAGCAUAGCCAUGCUUCUUUUUGCAAUUUAUUUUUUGAUGUCAAAUGAUCCAAAGACGAUCCCGUUGCUGGGAGAGUAUGGCACUUCUUAUGAAGAUCAAACAAAGCUCUUGGUAUCGUAUCAUUCACAGACAAUAUCAAUCAAUAUCAGUGUGUCCUUUAAUCAAAAUGAGGGAAGCAAUGGUCCUGUUAACAUUAGAAUUUACAAAAGUAUUUUUCUUCCUAAAACAUUUUUACAAAACCUUCCUCCAAAUUAUAUUCCUGGCCUGUCUGGUGGACGUCACAACUAUAAUUACAUUUCAGGUGACAUACCAAUUUUUUUGCAAAAAGGAUCAAGCUUAAACUACACUUUAUAUUUCAAGAGCAAUGGCUAUAAUAAAACAUGUGUGUUAGCAUCUGAUAAUUGUGCAUCUCUGUACUUAUUUGACAACUUCAAAGAUUAUAAUAACUUCAGAAACAACCGCAGCAAUUUUGCCUAUAAAGAAAUUCACAUUACUUCAUCAAACUUAUCUUGGAGUUUUACGAUUGAUCAUGACUCUAUAUACUACGUUGCACUUGAAGUAGAAAAUUGUUGCCUUGUUUUUGGCAAUGUUUCUGUCACUCAAGCAUCAUAUGAGAGUUUAUCAUUGAGUCAAGUCUGCACUUUGAAUGUUUCAAGACCGUCGUGUGUGAUUGAUUUGUAUCACCGUUUUAAAGAUUGUGACAAUGAAGGUCAUGUAUUUGUUAAUAUUCCAGCAGGUAAUGCCGUAAAAGAGAUUAGUUAUAGCUCUAAACAUUAUUAUUUUCCAUGCAACUCAUUCUGGUACCUUAUUGCAUUUAUCAUUUUUGCUGGAUUUAUUUUUUGUCUCUAUCUCAUAAAAUGCUAUUGCUGGUAUAAGACAACUGAAACUGAUAGUAAUAGAUACGUCAAGCUUAAUUGAAACAACUAAUGAUAUCUAAUUAUUUGCUAUUAUGUGUUAUAAAAUGAGUUUAUAGCUGACUGUUAUAUUGUAA